AUGAAACUUCUCGCCAUCUUCGCCGUGUCUGCCUUGGUGUGGGUCGCCUCAGUUGCUGCCGCUCCGACCUUGGCGAUGAAGCGCACUGAUAGCAUCGACGAGGAUAAUAGCUGCUGGCAAGCCAGCUCGGGCAAGCGCGACGAUGGCGUCGAUGAUGACAAUUAUGAUUGGGAAUGUACCCAGAGAAAGCGCGCUGAGGAUGAAGUUGAUGGCGACAGCAAUGACUGGAGUUCGUCCACCGAGCAAAAGCGCGCUGAGGAUAUCGUGGAUGGGGACAGCGACGACUGGACUUCGUCCAGCGGAAAAAAACGCGCUGAGGAUAGCGUGGAUGGCGAUAGCGACGACUGGACUUCAUCCAGCGGGCAAAAGCGCGCUGAGGAUAGUGUAGAUGGCGACAGUGAUGACUGGACCCAGGGCCAAGAUUAG